AAAAGAUCGAUGUUUUUAACAUUAACGGUACAUCAAUGAAAGAUAUCAAAAUGAAUGAAUCUAAAAACGAGAAGAUGAAGGCUGACAAUUAGGUCGGAUAAGAACAAAAUGAUGCCACAUCGGCUCCAUGAAGACUUUUUUCUUGAGAGAGCAGGUUCCCGUUCGGCUUCAGGAUCGAGAAAUUUCAGAAUUGAGACGUUAAUGAGAACCCGAUCCCGACCCCCGCACGCUCAUCCAAAGAACCCAUCAAGGCACCCACAUUGUUAAGUAGAUAGUCCUCCACGACCUUCCUUGCCUGUUCUUCUCCGUUCGGUUCCUUAUUUUACCCUUGCUUACACUAAGUACAUAUUGCGCAUGUUCUACUUCGCGCCGCGUCCGCGUACCCCGCAAGAAUUUAAGUAAUAGAAAUUACAGUUGGUUCUUCUUAGUUCUUCUUGUUGCAGCUGAAUUCGUAGUUCUUCCUAGUUCUUGAUAUCAAUUGCGAAGCAUCAACUCUAUCACGCAGCUACUUUCUUGAUUUCUUUGUCUCGCAGCUUUUUAUGCAAUUGCGAAAAGGUUAUUGAUUCUUCAAGCGUGAGACAAUUGUACAUAAGUCAUGUCCAUCAACCUAUGAAUUUGCAAAAUCACGUGCUUCAAUGAACAACGAACUAGAACUAGAAGAACGAGUUGUUCAUAUUGACUGUAGUCCUAGUCGUCCUAGUCCUUUGAUUCAAACUGUUUUUUCGAGCAAGUUGGAUCAAAAAAAUGUCGAAGCGACUGGCAGAGUAUGCCGAUCUGCCCAGCAGCAGCUAUGCGAAGCAGAUGCAGGAGAGUGAGGACUCUUCAGAUGUAUAAUUACAAAACUUGAAGAACUCCUUAUUUGAGACUAAGAUUGCACCUACUCCUACACUAGUAGUAGCUAGUGGUAAAGUAAAAUAUAAUUAUAUUUUCGCACCAGGAGCUCCUCGUUCUUCCCCUUCCGUAAGAAAAUAGACAUUUGAUAAAACACAAGAUUUUGUUGAUCACACCCGUCAAUACAAUUGGCUGGGUAUAUCAUCAUCAUCAUCAUCAGUUCAGUUCUCCUUUCUCGUCUGCACAACAAGAAGAUGCAAAGGAUCUUCAUCUAUCCCCCAAAAAAAUAACUUCUACUGUAGUCCUGAAAAUCAACAACAGUAGAAGUUGUUUUUUUGGGGGAUUUGAAUAUUCAACAACGAAAAAGAACAACAACAUCAGAUCGAGCUUUCCGAUGACGUCGGUCCCACUCCGCAAUCAAGAAAAAAUGAACAAGCUGGCGGCGCUGUUUCCUCCACAUCUGCUUUUAGGAACCAAGAAGAGGCAGCGGAAGAGGAAGAUGUUGUGGUGGAAGUGGACGUCGAUGAAGAUGGAGAAGUAGUAGAGACCAAGGCUAAUGUUAAGGCCUCUAAUGCAAUUCAUUUCUAAGUACAAGAACUGACUCAUUUCUACCUAUCAUCUAAGUACAAGAACUGACUCAUUUCUAGUUCUACCUAUCAUCUAAGUUGAAUGGUGCUGGUAUUUUUGGUAACCUGAAUUUGAUCCUAAGGGAAAACAAGAAAAGAACCCUUAGGAUCAAAUUCAGGCUAUACCAAAAAUACCAGAACCAUACAUAAGCACAAGAACUGACUCAUUUCUACAACCUAUCAUGUACUCAUAAUUUCUACCUAUCAUUUACAACAACGCUAUACCUAUCAUAUGUACAGGCGGAAUGCAGUUCAUUUCUAGUUACAAGAACUGACUCAUUUCUCCAACGACCUAAUAUCAUGUUUGUAUUAUUCCUCUCUUGGGAGGUUGUUCGUGAGAAAAUGGAGGAAAGAUGAAAUUUUUUAUUGAGCUCAUCUAAUAAUGGCAAUCAUAUCAUGGACGUGAAUGACCCCAAUUUCGAUUUUUCGAAGUGGGCACCGGAGCCGGAUAAUUGGUGGACGAAUACAGACGCAGGCGCUGCAGACCCGAACAACAGCUUAGGGAAGACUGUACCAGAAGCACAGAAAGAGUUAGCAGCAAAAAAGAAAGCGCAAGCAGAGGAAGUCGAAGUGCCAGCUGAUGUUGUCAAAGCAACAGUAGCGAUAAGUUUUCGUUUUUUUCAAUUUUCUUAUCGAAAUCGAUUUGAUGUUGAUGUAUUCUCUUGAUGUAUUCUCUUGAUGCAGCAUCAGUAUCUCUUGAUGUAGUUGUUUCAUUUUCAACCUUUUCGUUCCAAACUGAAACUGUCUCGCACUCCUCAUUUAGUACAGCGUAUUCCUCUUCUAGAAUCAUCAUCGAUCUCUCUACUUCUACAACCAUUACAACAGAUUAAUCGAGAUCUCAUAGCUCGUUUGGCAGACAUCCCUGACCGGGACUUGUACGUGGAAGGCGCAUAUGUUAGAGUUCGUAUCAAGAGAGAAGGCGAAUACAAAGAAUUCAAAAACGGCAGAAAAACGUGGAUUUCCCCAUAUGUGGUCGCGAGGGUAUUGAAGAUUCUACUAAUGCUUAUUUUUCAUUGGAGGCUCGUUUGGGUCGCGGAUGAUGUAGUUUUUUGAGUACAGCAAUGUACCAAGUUAAUAUUCUUCUUCUUUAAUAUUUACCCUUUCCCACCUCCAGGCCGUGAGUUUCGACUUUAGCACGACGCCGUAUGAUUUUCCUCUGGCGAAUGGUAGUACGAAGAGAACUACCCUUGUGUUGCGAAUCAUGAGGGGGACGCGACAGAUCGUGGUUAACCUAAUCCAAGUGGCGCAAGACCCGAUCACCAUCGAUGAGUGGGCAACCUACAAGAGGUGGAUGGCCUUUGAGCUGCACUGGAAGAAUACGAUCAAGGAAGAGAAAGAGAAGAAGACCAAUGAAGAGAUGAAAGAACCUUAUGUUGAGGAAGUUAUAGGAGUCUUCUUAGUUCGUUGUAGUUGUUGUUCUGAUUAUUUCGUUUCUUUUCGAAUGGAUGAAUAAGCGUUUAUUUCUACAUCCAUCAAGUCGACGAAGAAAGACUAUGUUGACCUCUCGCAGAGACCUUGCUGCCCAACAAGCUGCAUGAUUUCUUUUCUCCAUUCUGUACAUUCACUUUCACACAAACACAGCACUCGACUUUCUCCUUCUAAGUUUCAAAUGAGGGGGAUAAUGCCGCUGCUGGGUUCCAGCUGGAUGAGCAGCACGAAUUGGAGUGCAACGGGAUAGAGAAGAAGUUGAAUGAAGUGCGAAACUUCGUCUUUACAGAUGAUGUUGUGCGAAACAUCAUUGAUCCACAUUUGACUGGUACUUCGACUUAUUUUUUAUUUUUCUCUACGUCAGGCUCAGGAACAGGAAGAUUAUUGAUGAUCAACAUUCUGAGGAAUUUCAACAUUCUUCGAAUUUUGAAUUUUAUUGUAUUUCUCUCUACUAGAACUAGAGGAGACAGAGCAGUAUGUAAUUCAGAAUCACAUUCACUGACGAGCAUCCAUCCUCCAUUUUGAAGUACUCAGUCCCCCUGCUUUCCAUUUUUUCUAGAUAAUUCCGGAUCAACCUCCGCUCCACAUGGUCUUGAUUCCGGAUCAACCUCUGCUCCACAAUUCCACUUCAACCUCUUCCAACAGGGAACGCUUCCACCCGUCUCCGGGAGGCUCAGUCGACUGUUGCCGCGCUGCGGCAGCAAAUUGAAUCAGCCGAAGCCGCUGAAAUUAGAGCUUUGCGUGAAGAACUAGAUCAGAUGGUCGAGGUCGAGGUGGCCGCGAGAGCACAGGUGGACUUGCAGCGGAACAACUUUGAGAGCGGGCAAGGUGGAAAGCGCAUGUUUCAGAUCGCACAAAUCAACAACAAAAACAGAGCUAGGCAAGAUUACCUGGAUUUGACGGUAUUAGUUUAUUUACAUACUAGAAAUAAUCUUGUUAUCGUUUUCAACUUUCUUCUCCCAACUCUUUAUCUUCAACUACAACAUCCUCAUCCAUCAGUAUUUAAUACUAUGUAUAAUUAUUGUUAUGUUCAAGAAUUUCAAUGUAUAAUUGUAUGUUAUGUUAUGUUCUAUGUAUAAUUGUAUGUUAUGUCCUGUUAUCUGGUCGGUACAACACCUGGCAUUACUCAUGCCUGAAACAUCGGUUGACACGGUUCUACUCGAACCCACGUUGUCCUCGCAGGUGCGGCUUGGCCGCGAAGCGGUGGACCCUCAACCUUAACCUUAACCUUCAAGAAUUUCAAACCGACACCUUCAAGUCGAAGUUGAACAUACUCCAAGAACAUGAUACAUUUUCAUAGGUCGCCGCCGGUCGUGAACAGGCGCUUCCAGAGGACGGCUUUGUUCUUGAGGAAGCAGGCGGAGGCAACGCAGACGAGUUGAAUCCGUUCGCGCGUAAGCCCAUGAAUGUGCGAAAUAUGUGGGAUAUGUCUGUGCGAAACAAGGAUCAUCUAGUAGCUUUCGCGUCCAACCUUGGGUGUCGUGUCGACGAGCUAGUGGUCGACAAGAAAGGCAAGGUGGUGACGCAAAAGGCAGCUGCGGAAGCAAAACGGAAGCGAGAGGAGGAGGCAGGAGAAGGAGCAGUUAUGGCGAAUGGGAAUGGUCCGACGUCAAGAAGAAAAUCCGUUUCUCCGGAAAGAGGUAUUUUUUUUCGGUUUUUUAAAGUACUCCAAAUGUAGAUGUAGUAGAAGUCGGUGAUUAGCCACUAGCAGAACGCUUAACUAUACAUCAGCAGGAGGAGCUAGUCGUAGUCUUUCUAGAACUUCUAUGUAAUACAGCUCCUUAGGUGAUCGAGUAAGGAUCGCAACACGGAGCGAACGCAUGACGUUCUCCACUCCGCUAGCCCUAGCGGAUGAUAGACUUUAGACGUCCACCUUUUGCUCCACUCCUCUACCAGGUGCCAAUGGCAAUGCUGGCGACCGUAAUUCUUUUGGCUUGAGACCCAUGGAGCCUGCCUUGAAACGGAAGAAAUACCCAGAACAAGAGAAACCACUUCUCGACAGUGCGCUCAAACUCCUCGAGUCUGCGGCCAGGCGCUGAGUGCAGUUCUUAGAACGAGGACACAUGAAGAAGAAUAGAUUAUGAAGAAAUCGUCUGACCGCUUCUCUGAUCGAAGAAGAUGAUGAUGAACGUGAAUGUUGAACAUCAAGAUUUAAUAGAAUUUAUGUAUCAUAAGCUCCUUCUGAGUUUCGCCACUUUUUUUGUUUUUGUGAAUUGAUUACAUCAGCUAGGAAUAGAUUGUUUCAGUAGUUAUGGUAACCAGGUUUUUAUGAUUCAUUCAUUCGCCGCCGCGCAACGCCUCAUUCUGGAAUGGAGCGAGAUGGACGACGAAGAUAUACAUUUUGCUAAUCACAACGAUUCAUAUAAUGAACAUUUUUUAAAAGGCGUUGAUUAAUAUGAUAGGUCCGAACAGAAUCUUGAAUAGAUGAGCAACAAGAUGAGCAACAUGCGGCAAGACGACCAUCAGUUUACUUCGAGGAAGCAAGUGCUGUUUCGAUUUUGAACAGGAAUGUUGUUCAUGUGCGCCAGCACGAGAACCGCACAAGAGAAGAGGGCGGCAGACCGACCAACAGCUGUACAUAGUUCAAGCAUAUCAACAUCUGUUCAUGAUUUUUUAGCUCGAUGUUUCUGGCAGCACAUGAAUAGCAGACGCAUCUGCACUUAAACCUACAGUUCGUGAUGUUGAGCUCAAGAUAUAGCUCGACUUCGUUGUACUACUAGAAGAUAUUAAUUGUCAUGGACGUUGUUGUGUUUUGAAGAUAUGCUCGUUGUGCUGUGAUGAAGAGACAUUGCCAUAACACGACGACGACCAUGCUUAUAGAGUUACAACUUUUUUGACUGAACAACUAGUGUCUGAGCGUUCUCCUAAGAUAGAUAAUCAUCGUCCGUAACUGCUACAACUGCUCACUGAAAAUUAAUUUUUUUUAAGCAACAAGAACUCUUCAAUUCUGUCAUAUUCAUGGUCAGCUCGCCGUUCUUUCGAAAUUAUCAUAGACAACGAAUAAUGUACUACAUCGCCAACAUCACUCCGGCAAAACAAAGCUAAAAACAAAGUAAGUAUGUCAUAAUAGCGCCAUGAUAGAUCGCCUUGUAUGACAAUGACUCGUUUUCGCAAAAAUUCAUCAUGCUUGUCCAACUCGCGCCAGCUGGAAAGCUAGCGCCCGACGUAAGUAACCCACACGAAAUUCAUCAAAAACUACUGUCAGUGUCUUGAGACACAAUGAUUCCAUGACCAUGUAAGUACGCGUUUUCGAUUGCUCUUCCCAUUAUACCAACAGGCCAACAUUAACAAGCGACCUCCAACCAGCUCUGCAUUACACUUUAUCGCUACUCUCGCUAAAAAGUAAAAGGCUGUUAAUGUUUAU